UCUCCAAUCUUUUGUUUCCUCUUCUUUCUUGAAUCCAAAUUUCCUCUUCUUGAUUUCUUGAAAUGCCUUCAAGCAAAGACACCAACAGCCAGAAAUUUACAAAACUAAAGAAAGUAGAAACUCAUGAUCCAGACCCUGACCUUUACGACAUAACAUACGUCGAUGUAUCUCCCUCCGACGCCUGCUCUUCUCCUUUGUCCAAAUCACCAUGGUCCGUACAAGUCGACCACAACGUCAUAGAACCACCGCUGCCGCCGCAUUCUUCCGCAUCGAAAUCCACAGCGUCGCCGCACGCCAAAGAACCUAAAAACUACUCUCCCAACAUCCUCAUGGGAUCUCUGGUCCGCGAAGAAGGACACAUCUAUUCUCUAGCCACCUCCGGCGAUCUACUCUACACGGGAUCCGACUCCAAGAACAUUAGGGUUUGGAAAAACCACAUCGAGUUCUCCACGUUCAAAUCCAACAGCGGGCUGGUCAAAGCCAUCGUUCUUGCAUCGGACAAGAUAUUCACCGGGCACCAAGACGGGAAGAUCCGCGUCUGGAAAGUCUCCUCUAGAGACUCGAGCGUGUUCCGUCGCGUCGGGACCAUGCCGCUUCUCCGAGACUACAUCAGAAACUCCAUCGCCUCUUCUUCCUACUUCGGUUUCGCGAGACGGAACCGAACCGGAACCGGCGGCGCGCAGGGGUUCCGACAUCUCGACGCGAUCUCGUGUCUGUCGCUGAGCGAAGACAGGAGGCUGCUGUACUCCGGGUCGUGGGAUAGAACGUUCAAAGUGUGGAGAGUCUCUGACCUGAGAUGUUUGGAGUCGGUGAACGCUCACGACGACGCGGUGAACGCGGUCGUCGCGGGUUUCCACGGUUUGGUUUUCUCCGGUUCAGCGGACGGUUCGGUUAAAGUGUGGAGGAGAGAGGACCAAGCCAAGGAGACGAGACAUUUCUUCUCCGAGACGUUGUUGAAACAAGACUACGCCGUGACGGCGAUAGCGGUCGAUCAGAGCGGGAUGUUAAUUUACUGCGGUUCAUCUGACGGAACCGUUAACUUUUGGGAGCGGGAUAAUAAUAUGAAAAAUGGCGGCGUUUUGAAAGGGCACAAGCUCGCUGUGCUCUGCCUCUUCGCGGCGGGGAAUCUGGUGUUCAGUGGUUCGGCUGAUCUUGGGAUACGUGUUUGGAGGAGACCUGAACGCCGUGGUGGAGGAGAGCACGUGUGUGUUUCGGUUUUGACAGGACAUGCAGGUCCGGUUAAGUGUUUGGCGGUGGAGAGAGAUCAAGAAUCAGUUUCGGGUGAGAGACGGUGGAUUGUGUACAGUGGGAGUUUAGAUAGGUCGGUGAAGAUGUGGCGUGUUUCCGAGAAUUCUCCGCCGUUGGAAUGUAUGACAGAUUCGUCUGGUGGUUCUUCUAGGUUAACGGUGGCUCCUAGCUUCUCGGCUCAAGGGAAAAUUAUUAGCCACAACAAGAAAUAGUUUUUACUUUUUUUUGUAUUUAUGCAAAAAAAAACACCAAAUUGUUUAGAUGUUUACUAUGUAAACGGAUUUUGAUCUAACAGGUUAUAAGAACACUGAUUAGAAAGA